AUGCCAAGUAGUCGUAUUGAUCCUUAUUCAUUGGUUAUUGUCGAUGUGUCACUUGAUUGGGCGUUGAAUGAUAUAUACGAUGAUUUGGUGAAUAAAUAUGGUGAUGGUGUUGUGAAUGUCAAACGAAUGCAUAAUCGUGAUAAUCAACCUAUACGCUCAAUUUGUGUUGAGUUUGAUUCCUCAGAACAAGUUGAGCAUUUACUCGAGAACGGUCUUAUUGUUAUUUGGCACGAGAGAAAGAAGGUGAAAGAAUAUUAUUUGCCGAUGCUUUGUUUUGUGUGUGGCAAUGCUGGUCAUCGAUCAAGUGCUUGUCCGAUUGCUCAAUCAUGUAACAAACGUCAACGACAAUACGAUGUUGGGCAAAUAGCAUGGAGUAAUAGUACACUAAGGAAAGAAAAUAUUUCAUCUUCUAUAUCGUCGCCAAUCGACUCAGAAACGACGAGUAAUACCAGUUCAAUUAUACCACCUACAACGAGCAUCAGCAAUAAUUCUGUCGACCGCCUACUUAUGCUUCAAGCAUCGAAAUUUGAAAAUAUAUUGAAUGCAUUGGAAACAAGAAUGUCGAGUAGAAUAUCGACACUGGAAAAACAAAUUGGACAAUUAACUGACUCUCGUCAAUAA